AUGGCCGACGCCAUCCCAGACGAGGAUGUGGCCCAGGAUGUUGUUCCAUCCAAAACAAUGAGAAGACUGCAAGCCUGCUGUCCUGGCCUUCGAAAGAAAAGCCAGUACUUUGACCAAUGGCUCAGCUCCAGAUGGUCCAUCUCGCAGAGCGUCUGCUUGCUGACGGUGUUCGUUCUUAGCUGUUCCGGCCAAUUUGUGCUGGGCGAAGUGGUUUACACAGAUAGCAUCAAUUUCUUCUCCUACCAGGUUGUCACCAAUGCAGCAUCACUGCUGUCAUCUCUUACAGUAUCCUUCACUAUCGAAGGUUGCCAUGCCUAUGAGAAAAUCUUCUCCGGGAAAGCGCUGUGGCGAUUCACAGGUGUGUCUUUCUUGUUCACCUGUGCCAGCGCCUUGGUAGCAGUCUCCCGCUGGGCCGGCACCUCCAAUGUUCAGAUAGUCACGGUAGGGUACUUGUACCUUCCCUUUUCCGUCAUCAUGAGCUACUACGUUUUCAGCCGAAACUAUGGCAAGCUGGAGUGGCUGACCCUGGGUAUGAUGACAAUGGCUGUCCUCACCUACGUAAUGCUCAGAGAAGAGUACCGGGACAUGGAGGAGGGAGAGGGAGAUGGCCACCCGCUUGCCAGGCUAAAGAAGUCCUUUACUCCAGCCGGUUUCUGUCUGCUAGUCGGUGCCGUCAUCCUGAGCGCCACAGGGUCGAUCUUUGCCGAGCGGAUAUACAAGCACAAGUCGCGCGGCUUGACCUGGUGGCAGGGCCGCUUCUACAUCAUGAAGGUGCACAUCGAUGUCACUGCGCUGUUCUUUUCUCUCAUCCUAUGGGGCAUGGGCCAUGUUCUUAUAGGACGCGAGGAUGCGUUUUCGGAUUGGUUCGCAAAGUGGGCAAGUACUCCGGAGUGGUUUGGCCGCUGGACCAUAUGGCAUGGGCUGAUGAUCGUUGUGGAGGUCGUCCAAGGUUGGUCCGCAGGACUGAUCACCAAGGAGCACUCUACAUCCUUCAAAGCCAUCGUGCAGACCCUUUGCUAUAUCUUCACCAUGCUGGUGGAGGACCCCAUCCUUGGAAACAGGUGGGGCUUCCAGUCACGGGAGCUGCCAUCCAUCAUGUUGGCAGUAAUCCUCGUUCUGUCAGCUAUCGUGUUCCAAACUGGCAGACACUACGUGAAGGUACGUGAGAGAGCGGCGUGCAUGGACAUGGGCCAAUCAAGCAACGGCAGUAGUGAUCUCUCCCUGCCGGAGGUGCCGCAGUCCAGCGCCAGUGAGCUGUCGCUCCAGGAGAUCACUCCAGAGCCACGGCACGCCAAACCGCAGAUAACGGUUCUGCUGACUUCGUGGAAGGCCGCGUGCCGGAAGUACUUCUUGAUCGUACUGUACAUUUUGUCGGAUGCCAUCCGGAACCUCACGCUGGCAAAGGCUCUCAGCUCGACGAGCAUCAAUCCAAACUCCAUGACUUUGGUGGUUUACCUGACCGGAGUGGUGAUUGCGUCUGGGUUGACCUUGUAUGUAGAGGGAUGCAGUGGCCUGAAGACAGCGUGGAAUCCGUGGAAGAUCCUCAAGUGCAUGCCUCCGGGCUUUCUUUAUGCGUUGACAUCCACUCUCAUGAACAUGGCCUUCUCACAAGGAAUGAAUGCCGCUUUGGCAUUGAUCAUCGGCAAGUUUUACACACCUGUGGCAGCCAUCGGUGCGGGAUGGAUAUUGAAGAGAUACUACAUGUGGUUGGAGUAUGUGGCGAUCGGAAUCCUAACGCUGGCGAGCAUGAUUUUUGGGUACCUGCAGGCUUUCAGCCCUGGAUCAAGUCCAGACUGGGCCCAGAAGACCAACUCGCUCCGGGUGGCCAUGCUGCUGGUCCUCGGUUCCUCUGUUGCGGCGGCCUUCAACUCUCUGCUCACAGAGCGAAUCCUGAAGGGGGACGAGGCCCGGUACCACGUGCAGAAGGUACGCUUGGAUGCGUCAUGUAUCAUUUCCACAAUGGGGCUCAUUCCCCUGAUCGCGGUCAUUUCCUCAAGAGCACAGGACAACCCCUGGGUUGUGAGACCUGUUGAUGCUUCGUGUCCACUAGAUUCAGUCUGCUGGCAAGACAACGGUUGUGCAAAUCCGGCCUGUGACUGCGCUUGUGCCAGCGGAAUAUUUGCUGGCUGGAUUCCAAGCGCCAUCGGUGUCAUUGUUUUAGCACUGACCAUCAACACAGGCUACGGCUGGCUGGUUGGCAAACUUGUACAGGCCUUCUCGACAGUAGACCGUGCCAUUGCAGACGCCUUCAGCUUGCUUCUGGUCUACUUUAUAGGCGAUCCCUUGUUGAAUGGUACUAGCCUGGGCAACAUGUGCUUGAAUCUGGUGGCCUUCAUUGUGCCUCUGAGUACAAGCAUUUUCGCCGUGGCUUCCUCUGAGUUUCAGAGGGCCACGCAUGCCGCACACCUCAUAGAAGGCAAGCAGACCAACGAAACCGAAGCAACGGACUCUGAAGAAACCCCAAGCGACACUGGCGAUUCAGACAGUAAUUGUUUGCAGUGCUGCGACGAUGAAGAGGCUGUUCUUUCGCCAUCCAAACGAUGGGUAGAGGCUGACGGUGAAAGUGGCAAGAGGACACUGCCGUCAGGUGACACUCUGGCGUCUAUGUGA